UGAACCCUCGUUGCUCAUGUUCCUACUGCUGCUUUCUCACAGAGUCCCUUGUCUUGUGCUCUAGCAAAUACAGGCACCCACUUUGGUCCAGGAACACAUUCUAAUGCCACGCAGCUUGCCAAACGGCAGAUUACCGGCCCCAGCUAGAAUGAGGUGGGGUUAGGCGGAGCGCAGAGCCAGGUCAACAUUUCACCGCUUCCACUGAGAUGAGGAGAGACCGGGAAAGGGGGGCCCAGCAGAGGAGCGAGCACAUGGGCCAAAAGGGGGCCAGGCUUCUCCAUCGGGCCCCGGCUCUGAAUCGUGGAAGAGAACUGGAACUGUCUGGCUGAAGUGAGGGAGGGAGAGAGUGAGGAGGGGUGAGGAAAAUAGGGAGAGGGUCACGGGUAAGAUGACUCCUACUCUCGGGGACAUGGAGGCAGAUGGCAGGAAGAGAAGAAAGGCGGACCACAGGCGCCACUGUUGCCCCCUCGUUUCUUCUUGUUGUCUCGUCUCUGACAUUCGCUCAUCUGCCACCACUCUCUCCCCCCGCACUGCUGUGAGGAGACGUGAAGGUGAAGGAUCUCGCGGACAGGCCGUCUCACACUAAGCGAUGGAAUGCUCCCCGCAGCAGCCGUCACUAGUCUCCAACCUCAGGACUGAGCUCCAAACGCUGAGUUAGCGACUGUGCUUCUCCCCUCGAACUUCUUACACCCAGGGGACGAAGAGAAUAGGAGUGGUCUUGGCUUAAGUUGGCUGAGAGCUUAAUUUUUCUGAUUAUUUCAGCAGUUUUAGUUUUUCUCUGCUCGGAUUUGUUUUUUUAAAAUUGCAUCAAGAUGGAUCUGCAGCCGUAUCUGUGGAUGGUCAUCCUGGGCUUCAUCAUCGCCUUCGUGCUCGCCUUCUCGGUAGGCGCCAACGACGUGGCCAACUCUUUCGGCACAGCGGUGGGCUCCGGCGUGGUCACGCUGAAGCAGGCGUGCAUCCUGGCGUCCAUCUUCGAGACUCUGGGCUCCAUGCUGCUGGGGGCCAAGGUCGGGGAAACCAUCCGGAAGGGCAUCAUAGACGUCAACCUGUACAACGAGACGGUGCCCGUGCUCAUGGCGGGGGAGGUCAGCGCCAUGGUCGGCUCGGCCGUCUGGCAGCUGAUCGCCUCCUUCCUCAAGCUCCCCAUCUCCGGGACUCACUGCAUCGUCGGCGCCACCAUUGGGUUCUCCAUGGUGGCCAUUGGCACCAGGGGCGUGCACUGGAUGGAGCUCGUCAAGAUCGUGUCCUCGUGGUUCAUCUCCCCUCUGCUCUCUGGAAUCAUGUCUGGACUCCUCUUCCUGCUCAUCAGACACUUCAUCCUCAGCAAGGAUGACUCCGUCCCCAACGGCCUGCGAGCGCUGCCGGUGUUCUACGCCUCCACCAUUGGGAUCAACACCUUCUCCAUCAUGUACACUGGAGCCCCACUGCUCGGGUUGGAGAUGCUACCGGUGUGGGCCAUCCUCCUCAUCACGUUAGUGGAGUCACUGAUCAUUGGAGCUCUGGUCUGGUUUUUGGUCUGUCCCUGGAUGAGGAGAAAAAUAGCAAGUCGCAUAAAGAAGGAGCAGGCUCUCUCCAGGAUCUCCGACGAGAGCCUGGACAAGAUCCCUGAAGAGGAGGAGGAGAGCCCGGUCUUCAAGGAGCUCCCGGGGGCCAAGGGCACCGACGAGGCCGUGCUGCCGCUCACGGGGGGCAGCAGCGAACGCGAGGUCGGCGGGGACCCCCCUGGCCAGACUAACGGAGGCCACGUCCUGCCCAAUGGCAGGGUGUACGCCCGAACCCACUCGAUGACCAACGGCUGCCUCAAGUCUCCAGUCUCCAAUGGCAGCUUCAGCUUCGACGGCCACCAGCGCAGCGACGGCCAGGUGUACCACACCGUGCACAAGGACUCGGGCCUGUACAAGGACCUGCUCCACAAGAUCCACCUGGGCCGCAUGGACGACAGCGACCGCUCGGGCUCCACCUCCGGCCAGCCGGACAACAACUACCGCCUGCUGCGCCGCAACAACAGCUACACCUGCUACACGGCCGCCAUCUGCGGCAUGCCCGUGCAGCCGCUGGUCCGCUCGGAGUCCCGCGACGACAGCGAGAAGCUGGUGGGGGAGGGCGGCGGCGUGAGGAGCAACAGCGUGUCCUACUCCAAGAAGAGGGUGCGCUACGACAGCUACUCGUCGUACUGCAACGCAGUGGCGGAGGCGGAGAUCGAGGCGGAGGAGGGCGGGGUGGAGAUGAAACUGGCCACGGAGCUGGAAGGGGAGGACGGGGGCGUGACUGCCGUGCCUCUGAACGACUUGGCCGAGGAGGAUCACGAGGAGAAGGACACGCCCGAGGUCUUCCUGCUAUUCCACUUCCUGCAGAUCCUCACUGCCUGCUUCGGCUCCUUCGCCCACGGAGGCAACGAUGUCAGUAACGCCAUCGGGCCCCUGGUGGCACUGUGGAUGAUCUACGACCAGGGCGGCGUGAUGCAGGACGCCGCCACCCCCAUCUGGCUGCUGUUUUACGGCGGCAUCGGCAUCUGCGCCGGCCUGUGGGUGUGGGGCCGCCGCGUCAUCCAGACCAUGGGAAAGGACCUGACUCCCAUCACCCCCUCAAGUGGAUUCACUAUUGAACUGGCCUCUGCACUCACUGUGGUGUUUGCUUCCAAUAUCGGAAUCCCUGUCAGUACCACGCACUGCAAGGUGGGCUCGGUCGUGGCCGUGGGUUGGAUCCGUUCCAAGAAAGCGGUGGACUGGCACCUCUUCAGGAACAUCUUCCUGGCGUGGUUCGUCACGGUGCCCGUGGCCGGCCUGUUCAGCGCCGCCGUCAUGGCCCUGUUCGUCUACGGCAUCCUGCCCUACGUCUGAGGGGCGCUCGGCUGGGGGAGACUCUGGGUGCUCGGUACCGUGGAUGAGGGGAGGGGUUGGUUCUUUGCUACCGGCUCACUCGUCCAGGCGUCUCUUUUGUCUCCGAUUGCUUGAUGUUCAUUCUCUUCUUUCGGUGUGUGUUUCUGCAAACCAUUCAAUCGGAUGUGCCAAAUGUCGGGGAGAGUUUCUGUAACUCUUUUCCGUGUCAUCAUAAAAAAAAAAAAAAGUAAAAAUAAAAAAGACUGCGCUACUUAAGUGCAGUAAACCUGUAAUCGUUCUAACAGCAAACCCAAGUAGCAUAGUCGGUCAAGUGCUCAUUAUUGUUCCAAAAUGCCAGGAAAAAAACCCUUUACAUAUCGUAUUGGAUUCAGUGUGAUUUUCUGUAUUGCGGCUUGCUUUAAAGUAACAAAAAAAAACAAAAUAGAAGAAGAAACGUUGUGUGUAAAGCCAACCCUGUCACUUUGAACAUGCUAGCCAGGUACAGCCAGGGCCAAACGGAGAGGACGCCUCCCACUAUAUGCUAUUUUUUUUUAUUUCUUUUUGUUCAUGAUACCACAGGAACGUGAUUUGCUAAAAGAGUCGAUUUUCUUUGUCAAGAGCUCCUCUUGGUUUUUAGAGACGGAUCUCAUAUUUUUAAAUAAUGUAAUAUACUGUAAUUUGUACUGUAAAUACUGUCUCUGAAGAGUAUUUGGUGGGGUGGGGGGUUGUUUUUAACGUAGGAAGAAAGGAAGGAAGGGGCUCUUCAUGAUGUCAUUAAAAUACAUUGUGUUUUAUGCUAAGAAGAGCACACACACACACACACACACACACACACACACACACAUGCUUCCAGUGUAUUAAUACAAUUUAAAAAGUAAAUCAAAGGACCCGUUCUCAACCCGGAAAAUAGAGAUAUUCCUUUCCGUGUGAUCAGUGAAUCAAACCCGUCUAGGCGUAGAGUUCUUUGGCUAAGAGAACGUUAUGGUGCGUCUCCAAUGACCACGUUGAAAAAGCAGGACGAGGUUAAAGCGCCGCAGAUGCAGAAAAACGCACCGACAAGGUCCCUUCAAAUGGUCACAUAUCUUUCAUCUGUUUGCCUUUUAUUUCAUAUCUCUUUUAAGAAGCCACCGCAGUCAGGUUCCUGAAACAAAAAGCUCCCGGCUGGGUCCAGUGUGCCGCCACCCCAUGAAACGCUGUAUCAUGUGUGCAUGUGAUAUAUAGAUGUACAUCUCAGCCAGGUAAUGCAGGCGUGGACAUGAUGGGGGCUCAAACUCCGGGCCCAUGCGUGUAGCUCCUCAAAAUGGGCUGUUGGUUGUUUGUGACGAGUAGAAGAGUCCAACCCAAGUGCUAAAGGUGAGCGAUAUAUCAUGAGGGUUAGUACUGAUCAUCACCAGCUUUUUAACAAGGUCCCCUGACCUGUAGAAGAACAAAAUCAUUCUUUUUUGUUGAAAAUAACUUAAUGCCAGGUGUUGCAAGUUUUUUUUUUUUUUUUUUCCAUGUGUGUUUCAUAAUUUCAAAUUGUUUUUGUCUUUCUGAUGAACAAAUCUAUGCUUAAGUAGCCACUUGCCUUGUAACAUUGUGUUUUACUUUGUGCAGAUACGGUCAAAUAAUGAAGUACUGUGGUGUUUACUUCGUAACCAUAUUGUAGAGUAUUUGGAAUGAAUAAAAAACGUUGCCUAAUGAUGCCAAUGAAAGACGGAACAAUUAACCAUGAAUUUUUGUAAAAUGUAAAAAGUAAAAACUUAAUAGCGAGAAGAGUUGUUUUGUUGUAGUAGUAGUUCUAAUCAUGAGUCACUGCGCUGCUACUACGAUGUGUUCACACUACAAAUGGAAAAUGACUAGAGAAAUCUCAUCAGGACGAUAUAUUUUUCUACCAUAUCUUAGUUUUAACCCGGGGGAGCUUCCAGAACUCUCUGGAGCUGAAAGCCACGGGCUCGGCAGGGGACAGGAGAAGGGGGGGGGGGGGGGGGUUUCUGUUUGACCUCCGUGAGCAGAAAGGCCUUCCGUCUCGCUAGGGCCCUGCGCCCACUGCGUUUGUCUCACACUAGGAUCAACCUGUCGGUUGCCGAUAGAUCGGGUUUUUUAAAUCCCCAUUUUUAUUUUAGGAAUUCUUUAGGUAGAAAAACCCUUUGUAAUUUUGUUUCCCAAGCGCUGUUCGGCUUUGGGUCUCCGAGGUCGAGACACUUAAAUCUUACUAACUGCUAACUGGACUAUGAGGACAUUUCUUUUCUUGUUUAGGAAACCACUGAAGCUCAUUCCUUUUUCACUCUUCACACGGGACGCGUUGCACACGGGGGGGGCUCCAAAUUUAUACAGCAACAACAACUCGUCAAAUGCUCGGCAAACCCCAUUAGUCCAAAAUAUAGUAGUGGUAGUGUAUUGGAGUGUGUAGAAUAUGUUGCUUUCAAUAACAGUACUAGUAGAAAGCGUUCUUCACUUCCAUCCUGCAGCUGAAGGCUCUCUGCAGGCGGGUCGGGGUCCAGGGUUCUGCUCGUCGGCUUGCAUGGUGAAGUCUGGACUCGCAGAUCAGGGUUGAGCUGGUCUGUGUUGACCCCCGCGCUGUUGUAGUCUUUCUCUCUUUUUUGUGUAUUUUCACGCAUUCUCAGUCUCGAUAGGCCAAAAGGGGUGCAGUGCUCAAGAUGGGGGAGAAACAGUUAAAAAUCUCUCCUGGUGACAACGUCUCACGGAUCUGAUCGUCACUUGUCAAAUUUGAAGGGGAGUAACCAAUGCUACGUGAAAAGCUAACUAGUAGGAUUACCUAUUUGUGUAUUAAAGCUCAUGGAAACCAGGUUUUCCAACAUUACGUGUUUCUUCAUAGCAAUAAAUAAUAAUAUGAUCAGUAGGUGUUGUCUUUAAAGUUAGUUAUUCUGGUUUGAUUCACGCGCCGAUUGAAAUGCUUGGUCCACAAAAAAUGUUACAUGACCUUUUCCACCACUUCAAACCAGUUCGGGGGGCGCCAAAACCCAUAUAUUUACUGACUGAAACGUUGUGUAAUAUAAUGGUGGAUGCCAUCGUUCAUAGCAAGAAGCUUAAGGAAAAUUACAAGACCAAAAACGUAUUAUCUUAUGAAUUAUAGAUACAAUUUGUAACGUAUUGGAUUGGUUUUGCAGAUUUGUGCUAAAAUAUUCAGUACGGUACAACCAGCCGCAGCCGAUAGGUGGCGCGCGCCAACACUUUUCCCCUCCCCGCUUGAGACCCGCCCUCAUCGGCUCCCACGCUACGCCCUAGCGUGGCCUCGUCACAGGGAAACAGAAGGCGCCAUCUCUGUCUGAAUUGUGCUUUACAAGGAGCUUCUUGUAAAGGUGCAACUACAGUGCGUAGUUUCACCUGCCCCCCUUCUGCUGUGACGUAACAGCGCCCUCUCGUGUUCAUAAGGGAACCGGCUUGCGCCUCUGAGGAGGUGGGCGGGGCAUUAGUUCAGACCCCCACGUGACGUGCUGCCUCUGGUGUUUCGUGAUAGAAUGUGCUCCUUGGCCUGCAGGCUUUACAAGCUUCGUGUUGUCUUUUUACUGUUUACUGCUGUCUUAGCUCUCCGGUCCUUCAAAAGUAAAAAAAAUAAUAAUAAAUGAAUAAACAUGAAUAUAAAAAAGCGAAAGAAACUGUAGCUUGCUUCUACAAAAUCUUAAAGCUCUUCUGAUUUGCAUAUAUUGUACUGUAAAUGUUUUAUUUAAGAUUUUAGUGAGUAAAAAAGACUGUCUGCAUUUAAACUAAAUUAUGGGAAUUAAAAUUACAAAGAAUACCUGAA